AUGUCUGACAAAGGUCACGUCGAAGAGCCCAAGAACUUCGCACCCAAAACGCCCGUCAACCUAGACCCUCCCAAAGACGACCCAAUAACAUAUGAGGAGCUAUCGAAAUGUGAUGGUGUGUUUCGACCGUACGCGAACGAACACAGACUCCCAGUGCUCAACUUUUCUACAGGAUCAGACCCCUCGAAGCCAACGCUGGUGGCCAUCAAAGGCACCGUCUUCGACGUAUCAGGCAACGAUGCUUAUGGACCAAAGGGACAAUAUCACAUCUUCGCAGGCAAAGACCCGUCUCGAGCCCUCGCAACGUCAUCACUCAAGCCGGAGGACUGUGUCCCGGAAUGGAACGAUCUGGAUGACAAGUAUCAGACCGUGCUGGGCGAAUGGUUUACCUUUUUCAGCAAGCGGUAUAACAUCGUGGGCAAGGUACAGGGAGCUACAAACAAAUAA